AUAUCCGUAGAGUGACGCAGCUGCGGGUCAGAGGCGGCGGCAAAAUGGCGGCUCCAGACGAGCGGGAGUUGUCGGCGGAGCAAACUGAGAAGCUCCUUCAGUUCCAGGAUUUGACUGGCAUAGAGUCCAUGGACCAAUGUCGUCAUACACUGGAGCAACACAACUGGAACAUAGAGGCAGCUGUUCAGGAUCGAUUAAAUGAACAAGAGGGAGUCCCAAGUGUCUUCAACCCACCACCUUCUCGGCCACUGCAGGUCAACACUGCCGAUCACAGAAUCUACAGCUAUGUUGUUUCAAGGCCACAGCCAAGGGGUUUAUUAGGUUGGGGUUACUAUUUGAUAAUGCUUCCAUUCCGAUUUACAUAUUACACAUUACUUGAUAUAUUUAGGUUUGCUUUGCGCUUUAUCCGUCCUGAUCCCCGUAGUCGGGUCACUGACCCUGUAGGUGACAUUGUUUCAUUUAUUCAUAUGUUUGAAGAAAAAUAUGGAAGAAUACAUCCUGUCUUCUACCAGGGAACAUACAGCCAGGCGCUGAAUGAUGCCAAGAGGGAGUUGCGCUUUCUCCUUGUUUACCUGCAUGGUGAUGAUCAUCAAGAUACUGAUGAAUUCUGUCGCAGUACACUGUGUGCACCAGAAGUGAUUUCCCUCAUAAACACCAGGAUGCUCUUCUGGGCAUGUUCUACCAAUAAACCAGAAGGAUAUAGAGGUAUGUCCUCUUGUAACAUAUCUGGCCUGAUUACUCAGAAGUGAUGUUCAGUGUAUUCAGUGGGAUUUAUACCAGAGUAAUAGUACACUGGAAUAGCCUUAGUUGCUGUGUUAUAUGUAUUUCCUGGAAAAGAAAUCCUGUUAAAUGUUGGCAUGUUCU